UAAAAGUUUUUAAUUUAUUUUAUUCAAAGUAGUAAAAUUAUGGAUGUGUUUUUAAAUGAAGAACUCUCAUCUGAAGCGAAAAAAGAUAUGCGACACGCAUAUUUGCGCGAGUGUGGUAUAACAUCUAAAAUGAACGAAAUAUUGCACAAACUAUUGCAAGCGAACGUGAAGCCAGAAAAUCCUUUGGAUUUCAUACGGGAGGAAUUGGGUGAUAAACCUAUACCGGCUGAAGUUAUUGGAAAUAUGGAACACGAGUUGGACGAUGCGCAACGUGAGAUUCGACGCUUGCGCGGUAUACUGAAAGAGCUGGGCAUUCAUAACGUUGAUGAAGAAUUUCAUGAUGCGGAGGCGGGGCCAGAUGAGUUUGAAAAUGUAGCGAAUGAGUUCAAAAAUUCGAUUGCUACUUCAAAUGAUGGGCACGGGGAUGGACAACAUCAUCAACAACUUAGCUAAGUUUAAACAAAUUCACAUACGAAAUGGCUUAUUUUAAUAUUGAUAAAUAAAAAUAAUGUACAAACGUUGCUGCAGUACGAUGGCGUUUAAAGAGAAAAUAAAUAAUUGGUUGAGCGAAAUCAACAAAAAUUAAGGUAAUUUAUUGAUUACUUCUAAAUAUGUUUAUGUAUUAAAGUGGCUUAAUCUACGCAUCGUUGCCUUAAUUCGCAAAGGCCCAAGCAAACAUUUUAUUUUUGUUUUACAGAAGCAAAGAACAUAAAAAAGCUUUUAAAAAUCAAAUCA